ACUUUAUGGAACUUGUGGAAAUCAUUAGAGUUAUAUUGUAUACCUUUACAUAAAUGUAUAAUUAUAAAUAGGCAAAUGUUGUAUACUUUAUAUUAUCAUUGUUUGUUUUCAUCCUGGAUUAUUAGCAUUUGCAUUUUUUUUCCAGAGUUUAUUCAAAGAUUCAGUGGAAAUCUGAUAUAGGCUAUUAUUAAUAUUUUUUGUAGAUAUAUUUUUUAAUUAUCUGUCUAAACUUAAACUUAAAUCUUUAUAUAUUAUAAAUAGGCAAAUGUUUAAUACUUUAUAUUAUACUUUAUAAUGAAAGAUCUGAAGGAAUGUGUUUUCAUUCUUAAAGAUAAGCUGUUAAUACUUCAGUGUUGUUGAUGAGCUAAUAAAAAGUUUUAUGUUGAGUUUUGGACACUAGGUGGCGUUGUGCUGGUUUCUUCCAAUCAGGCUGUUUAAUCACAGACCAAACCCUGCUUCACUAGUUUAACUAGCAAGACCAGCUUAAUCGAGGCUGUUUUACCAACAGGGACGGCUGCAUGGACGGGUGUGUGGAGUUUGCCCAGAACAGAACCGUACCGCCAACACUAACUGUAUGCAUGAUCAUUAUAAUAAAUAUACAUUUGACAAAAGCAGUCCUGACAGAACUAUGGGUUGGAACCAACAUCCAAAAUCACUGCAAGAGAAAUAAACUGGGAAUUUUGAAGACGUGAAUCUAAAUCAGCCUGUGUGUGUUUCUGUUAGCGCACACUGCCAUCUUGUGGACAUUACAGUACAAUGCUCAACAGCUUCACAAUCCGUGCUUCUCUUCAGGGAUGUGUCAGUGUCUCCACCUCAGUGUUUUUUAACUGAGUUGCAUAAAUAUCAGAUCAGUGAGGACUGUGAUCAAUCAUUUCCAAAAAUAAAUACAAAACCUGUGCUAACUGAAAGAAAACAAGAUGGCAAAAAAGACUGAAUCAAAUAUUUGAUGAUAAUAAAGCAUAAUGAGAGAUUUACAAGCCAUUUAAAAGAGCACCAAAUUAGGUAAAGGAUUUUAAACACAGCACUUGUUUAAAUCAGUCUUUUACCAAAAUCCUGAAACUUUCUGUUUAUGAAACAGACUUAAAUAAAAGAUUUCCAUCCCAGGUGACAUUGAUGUGUUUGAAACAUUUAUACAUUUUAUGUAGAUGUAUUUUAUAAUUCAUCAAACGUAUAACUCUCUCCAAAGAGCCUGGAGUUUUGCCUGCAGUGCUUGAACAGAAGUAUCGAGACACCAGUGUGUGUUCGGCGAGGAAAGAGUUAAGAGCGAGUGUUGCUGACUGUGCAUGCGCGCGUGAACUCCCACAGUUUGAUAAAUGUCUGUCCGCUGCUCUUCUGUCCGUUUCUAGUGGCUCGCGGAAGAUUCGGACUAUGCCGUUUACGCACUCCAGAGUCCCACAUCCGCUCGCAGAGGAACAUCUGUGCUGGGAAACCAUAUCAGUGACUGUCCAGCUUUAAAAUGUGUCUCAAGAUGCCAAAUUUGAUUUUGGCUUUAUAUUUACUUCAAGGACUGAAUAACUUUAUCAGCGCGCAAAGUUCCGCGCCCUGGAGGAACCGGAUCCAGUGGGUGAAUAACGGCCAGGUGUACAGUUUAAUGAGCACCGGCUCAGAGUAUCACGCACCGGUGGUGUCCAGAAGACAGUCCAGGGUUUACAUGAGCAACAGCAGAGAUGCUGCCCGGGACAGGACCAUGCGAAUUCGAGUGGAAGCGGUUGAGAGACCCACUAACAGCGUGCCGGACAGCAGCACCGCGCUUUUGGGCCCCGACCGCAUGCAGUAUAUAGUGGCCAACAGCCGCGCACCUGGUGCCAGACAAAUGCAGGUGCGCCAGAGGCUCAGAGGUCCUCCCGGAACCAGAACUAACGGCACCGUCCUCUCUGAAUACUCAGGCGGUGGAAGAACCCCUGCACAGAGGGAAAAUAACGCACGGAGGGCGCCAGCGGUUGCUAAUCUCCAACAGCUGUCCGCGCCCACGGAGAAUUCAAACACCUUAAAUUCAGAUCAUGGAAACUAUAAUGAAGCGGCUCUCCCCAGAGCGCAAGCUCCAAAUGUCCCAGUGGAGCAGGGAACAACGUCUGAAAGUAUGGCAGGAGAUGAUCCACGAAACAGGAAUACGGUCUUCUACAACAUCUAUCCACCCGGCGGCAGGACGCUCAUCCCCCGCCGACCGCCGCCUGGCACCGGGUAUGGCACCAGAUAUUUCCAGAACGGUCUACCGGACCUUGUGCCAGAUCCAUAUUCCAUCCAGGCGGGCUCAUACAUCCAGCGCGUCCAGAUGUACGCGCUCCGAUGCGCGGCGGAGGAGAACUGCCUGGCGCGAUCUGCGUACAGACCCACGGUCAGAGACCUGGACUUCAGGGUUCUCCUUCGGUUCCCACAGAAAGUCAGAAACAUGGGAACGACUGACUUUCUGCCGGUCAAACCCAGACAUCAGUGGGAGUGGCACAGCUGUCAUCAGCACUAUCACAGCAUGGAUGCAUUUAGUCACUACGAUCUCCUGGACAUCAACACCGGACGGAAGGUCGCUGAGGGACACAAGGCCAGUUUCUGUCUGGAAGAUACUGGCUGCGAUCCUGGAUUUCACCGCAGAUACGCAUGCACUGCACACACACAGGGUUUGAGCCCAGGCUGCCACGACACAUACGCUGCCAACAUCGACUGCCAAUGGAUCGACAUCACAGACGUGGCUCCUGGGAACUACAUUCUUAAGGUCACUGUCAAUCCAGACUUCCUGGUGCCCGAGUCGGACUUCUCCAAUAACGUUGUGCGAUGUGAGGUCAUUUACACUGGCAUUUACAUCCAAACAAGAAACUGCAUCAUAGCUGGGAGUUAAAGUCCCUGGGUCGGGUUAAGAAGUUGAUUUUUAAAGACCUAUAUAAUAGGUUUAAUUAUAAAAAUUAUUUAAUUUAAAGCUUUAUCAGUAACUUGAAACAUUCCUUAUAGUUGUUGGAAUAAUAUUUAAUGACUAAUGUACUGUAUCUAUUUUAGAUGAGUUUGAUUUCUUGCCCAAGUGCAAGUGGGAAAACGCGAUUUUGUUUUUGCGAUGUUUCCAUUUUAAUAGAACAUUUAUUUUAAAUGAAUAGAUUAGUAUGUUGCUUUUUAGUGUUUGUAUUUAUUACAUAGAUUAUGAAAAAUAUAAGCAUCUAAGAUCAUAUUGAGGGACGUUUUGUGUUAUUUUGACUUUUUAUUAGAUGGUGAAUUCAUAGUGGUUGAGUGUUUUCCUCCGGCGCAGACCACUAGUGUAAGAUAUACACUUGAAAUAUUCAAAAGGUUUGGUUUUCCAGGUGUCCGCCCAUAUUUCAGUGCAGUGUCUUAAACAUCUUGAAAAGCUUUGCUGCUUCCUUUGCCAUGAUUAUAAGAAUCUUUCCAUGAAUCCUGGACUUGGAUGGACGAAGUCGUUUGUGGCUUGAUAUGCAAUAAACAAAAAUGGAGAGAAUGUAAUACAGAAAA